CACUUCCGGCGGAUGUGGGUGGGGGCAACCCCGGAAACGGAAGUGAGCCGCGGGGUCGGCUGACGGUAACAGGCUGAGAAGCUGUUCGCAGAGCGAGUUGAAGAUGAAUGCCAGAGGACUUGGAUCUCAGCUAAAGGACAGUAUUCCAGUUACUGAACUUUCAGCAAGUGGACCUUUUGAAAGUCAUGAUCUUCUUCGAAAAGGUUUUUCUUAUGUGAAAAAUGAACUUUUGCCCAGUCAUCCUCUUGAAUUAUCAGAAAAAAAUUUCCAGCUCAACCAAGAUAAAAUGAACUUUUCCACACUGAGAAACAUCCAGGGUCUAUUUGCUCCAUUAAAACUACAAAUGGAAUUCAAGGCAGUGCAGCAGGUUCAGCGUCUUCCAUUUCUUCCAAGCUCAAACCUUUCAUUGGAUAUUUUGAGGGGUAAUGAUGAGACUAUUGGAUUUGAAGAUAUUCUUAAUGACCCGUCACAAAGUGAACUAAUGGGAGAACCACAUUUGAUGGUUGAAUAUAAGCUCGGUUUACUGUAAUGCAGUGUGCUGUUCAUGGAAGUAGAGGGGCUGCAUCUUGUUUAUAGUCGUUUUUUACUAUAAUAUGACGUGCACAACAUUAAAAUUACUGACACAUGAGAAUUUUUGCCUAAAUAGUAUCUGUGAUCAUUUGAAGUUAUUUGGGUCUUUGGUUUAUGUGAUAAUUGAAGGCACUAAAGGGAGAUGGUUUAAAAACUUCUAAUUUAUAUUAAAACAAUAGCCUUCUAUGUCUUUAAAAAAAUGUUGCUAAUUAAUAUCAUAAAACUAUGCACAGGUUCCAAUUCAGCCUGUUUCCUAGUUAUUUCAUAAAUUUAAUUUUGAAUAAUCAUUAUUGGUAUUUGAGCCUGCAAACUUCAUAGUAGCAUCUUUCAGAAUAAACAUCUGUUCAGUGGCAGCAUUUCAAAGUAAGUACAAAAUAAGACUAUUAUAUUUUACCUUGUUUCAGUAUAGUCCAUUAAUACUCAUAAGAAUAACACUUGCUUUAUUGAUGCUACUUAGGAUUAUAACUACAUUCUUUGAUUCUUUCAGGUUGAAAAGUAUAAGUUCAGAGGUUUUGAUUUUGGUCUUGUCUUUAAAGUGAAAAAUUAAACAAUCAGCAGAUGUCAAUUAAACUGUAGUACUGCAUAGAUUAAUAUAUCAUAAGAUGCUUAGAUUUAAAAAGGAAAACAGAACAUUCAUGUACACAUACAACUAUUCAUGAACAAAUUCAAUAAUAGUUUAUUUAAAAAUAAAUCUUCCCUAUGGUUGUUCUUUGUUAAUAAGGUAUUUUUUUAUGGACCUAGUAUACAAAAUUAAAGAUUAUCAAUUUCUCAGGAGUAUUUUUAUUGUCUAAGUCACUGAUCUAUGACUGAAGGCAAUGUUUUCUCCCCCCACUGGGAGUGGGGGGGGUCAUUUAACAGUGUCUAGAGAAAUUUCUGGUUGUCACAACUUUGGGGAGGGUUUCCAGCUGGCAUCUAGUGCAAGGAGGCUAGGGAUGCUGCUAAACAUCCUACUGUAAAAAUUGCUCCUGACCGUUGAGAAUUGAGCUUAAAACUGUCUUUGCCAACACAAUAUUUGCCAACCCACUUUACACUUAAAUUAUGAGAAAAUAUAGAAAUAAUGAAGGUUCACUAAUUGAUUGUUUCUAAAUGUGUUCUCUUUCAACUAAUUAACAAAGUUGGAUAUUUCUGUACCUUAAUUAGUUUUAGGAAUAGUAGAUACUCUUCCUGACCAGUAGAAGGUACUAUGAAUUAAUGAACAUAGUUUAAAUGGAAAAACUGAUGCUUUAAACACAGAAAUUGGUAAUCAUGAUUAGUGCUUAUUCUCUGAAGGUCUUCAUGCUUGCCCCUCUCUCCUUUUCCUCUUUUACCUCCUUUGUGUUUACACCCAUGAUCCUUAUCCCUGGGUGCCUGUAAAAUCACCUGGAAAUCUUGUGAAAGAAUUUUGGUGUCAGGGUCUGAAUCUCAGAAAUUCCAGAAGGACGAGUCUGGGGUGGAUCCCAGGAAGUCUACUUUUGAAAAGCUCUCCAGGGAUGAGAACCUUUGAUUUAUAUGCUUGCUUUCGCCUUUAUAGUAAUAUUUAUUAGCAUCAGUUAAUUCUUCCCGUGUACCUCGGUGCUGGAACGUUUGCUAGUAGUCUCUGCAAACUGCAGUGUGUGCCUGGAGUUGGGAUGAUUUGGGUUCCUUGAUGAGAGUAAAUUUCAGGUUCCUCUGAGAUACUUUGCCUAGGUGCCAGACUCUUCAGUUAGGCAUUUUUUCUUUCAGAUGCCGUGGGGUUUGUUUUAAGGAAUUAGUUUAGUAUUUUGAGGGUUUAAGAGAUACUUCACAGGUUGGUGCCUGAUUACAAUUAAUUUUACUAACACUAAAAUGAUAAAAUUCACAACAAAAGAGAUAUAAACAUAAUUAAUGGACUGUAAUGUAGUUCUGUGUUACUUUUUUAAAUAUAUAUGUGAAUAAAGGAAUUUGUGGAUUUUAUUGUCUCAAAGCGGGUGGGUUUGCAAAUAACUGAGCACUGUUUGGCACAUCACGGGAUGGCUCUUUCACUAGACAUGUCUCUUCAGUCCUACCCUCUGUACAAAAUAUAAAUGAUAGGCUUAUUUUUUAUUAAUUUUUCUUUUUGCAGUGGGUUUUAUCCCUCUUUCAGGAGUACACAUAAGUAUAACCCAGUGCUUUCCUGCAUUUUGUUACUCCUUUGAAUGCAGACAUUUCAAGAGUGUAGAAAAUUGUCUGAACAGGUAGAUUACUUUUGAAAAGCUGAAAGACUGUAUAGUGUAUAGUCUUCCACUGGAGUCUACAAUUGGAUGAAUCUAAGUUUAACCAAAUUUUGACUUGAUAUUUCAAUAAAGCAAAACCAAAAAUGUGAUACUUCAUUGAACUUAUUUAUUUAGCUCAUGAUUUCAAAGUUGAAAUUCAGGUUCCUUCAAGUACAACAAAUCCUUAAUUAAGAGCCCAUACCUUGGUGGGGGCAGUGGCCAAGAUGGCAGAGUAGAAAGUCCCUGAACUCACCUCCUCCCAUGGGCAUGUCCAAAUGACAGCUGUUUAACAGCACACAGCUGUCUAUGGAAACAACCUGAAGACUAACAGAAAAGAUUUUCCACCAUUAAAAACAUAAAGAAGGGGCUUCCUUGGUGGUGCAGUGGUUGAGAGUCCGCCUGCCGAUGCAGGGGACACGGGUUCGUGCCCCAGUGCAGGAAGAUCCCACAUGCCGCAGAGUGGCUGGGCCCGUGAGCCAUGGCUGCUGAGCCUGCGCGUCUGGAGCCUGUGCUCCGCAACAGAAGAGGCCACAACAGUGAGAGGCCGGCGUACUGGAAAAAAAAAACAUGAAGGAAGCACGAGUCAGGUAGGAAGGACAGAGAUACAGUAUAUCAGGACCCACACCCACAGGUUGGUGAGGAAGUGGGAGGAAUAUCACAAUUAUAGAGAUCCUCCCCAAGGAGCAAGGGGUUUGAGCCCAUUGGACUCCCCAGCCUGGGGGUCCUCCACCAGGAAAAUGAGCCCCCAGAACAUCUGGCUUUGAAAACCAGUGGGGCUUAUGUUCAGAAGAGCCAGAGGGCUACAGGAAACAGACUUCUCUCUGAAAGGGUAAAUGCGAUCUGACUCCCAGUGUAGACGUUAAUUCGAAAGGACAGAGGGUCAAACCUGCUUGCUGAUCUUGGAUCCAGGGAGGCAGGAGGCACCUGGGACUCCCCCUGGGGAGAGAUGCUGGCAGCCUCCAGUUUGGGGAACUUGUUCUACCACAAUAACACCAGCAUUGUGAAGCACCAUUUUGGAAUUCUCAUGUCCUGUUAGCGCCAGGGACCUAUCAGUGGGCCAGCAGCAGCCCUGUGCCCCCCUGGGUCAAACACCCAACCACGUGGGAAGCCUACCCUGCCCUCCGGCAAGUACAAGCCACUGCACAAGGCACAACCUCACAACCAAAUGGGCCAGGGUCCAGCCCCACUGCCAGCGCAUCCACAGUGGUCAGUUCUGCCACAAGAGAAGGGCACACACAGCCUCCCUAGAGCAUAAAGCUCUGGUGACCAGAGGGAAGCCUGCUGCUGGACCCCAUAGAACAUCUCCAACAUAGGAACACUUCUCCACGAUUAGGAAAGUGGCUGACCUAUGUAACAUAUAGAAAUAAAUUUGCCCGAGAAUUGGGCACAAUGAGGAGACAGAGGAAUAUGUUCCAAGAGAAGGAAUAAGAACCUCAGAAGAAGAACUAAAUGAAGUGGAGAUAAACAACCUCCCUGAUACAAAGUUCAAGGUAAUGAUCUUAAAGAUACUCAACAAACUGGAGAGAAGAAUGAUUAACAUAGUGAGACUUUCAACCAAAAGUUAGAAAAUAUAAAAAAGAACCAAACAGAGCUGAAGAAUACAAUAACAAAAAAUACACCAGCAGGAAUCAACAGUAGCUUAGAUGAUGCAGAGGAAUGGAUCAGUGAUCUGGAAGGCAGAGUAGUGGAAAUCACCUAAGCUGAACAGAAAAAAGUUUUAAAAAAUGAUAGUUUUAAAGAGACCUCUGAGACAAUAUCAAGCAUACUAACAUUUGCAUUACAAGAGUACCAGAAGGAGAAGAGAGAGAAACAGGCAGAGAACUUAUUUGAAGAAAUAAUAGAUGAAAACCUUCCUAAUCUGGGGAAGGAAACAGACAUCCAGGUCCAGGAAGCACAGAGGGUCCUAAACAAGAUGAAUCCAUAGAGGUUCACACCAAGACAUAUUAUAAUUAAAGUGGCAAAAAAAAAAAAAAUCUUAAAA